UCGAUGGCUGCGACGCUGCUCAACACGUUUCGGAUACCACCAAUCGAGCGAGGUGAUCAUCGAUUCUCGACGACGCAGACCCAAGCUCGCAUGCUGCAUGAAGACGCUGCGAUCUUUGCGUACUUGGCAAGCCAACGUCCUGUACUGCAGGGAUUUGCGGCGAAAGAAGGACCUCGGCCAAACGAGUUUCACUAUCCUCGACAACGCUGGCCUCCAAAGGAUAGCCCCGUUAAAUUUACCGGUUGCAUCCGGCGUUCAUAUCAGGUUUUUCUUUCGCUGCGCUACAAUUGUACCCGACGCAUGGCGGACGGGCAAUCUCGUGGACCCACCGGCCGUACCCGAGAGCAGGGCGACGUGCCCCGUCUGCAUGGACACGCUCGGAGUGCCCAUCAAACACUGCUCCGCUGCAUCCACCAGUGCUUUAUCGGCUGCCUUUCGGGCUGGAUCGAGAGCAAGGUCAAGAACCGCGCGGCCCCCAUCACGUGCUCCAUCACGGAUUGCGACCGAGCGACCCGCCCGAGCCACGUCGCGGUUGUCAUCUCGCCCGGGCUCGUUGAGCAGUUUAGCCUGCUCGUGACGGUCAAAGUCACGCACGGAUGA